AGACAGUUGGGCUUUGAUAGAUCGGUGACUCUUCGGAUUUUUCAUCAUAAUGAAGACAAUAAUAUUCUUAGCUGUAAUCGCGUUUGCGGUUGCUGAUCCCGAGUUGUAUGAUGUUGUUACAUUGGAUAUGGAUAAGAUGGAAAAAGACCCUCAGGAAUUUAAGAGCUUAAUAGACUGCUUAUUGGACAGGGGACCGUGCACGCCUGUCUUUCAAACCUAUCGAGGUAUAGUUCAAGAAGCCACUGAAAAUAUUUGCAAGAAAUGCAAUCCGUACCAAAAACGUGCUUACUGGCAUUUCCUGAGGAUACUCAGAACUACCAACCCAGUGGACUACGAAAACUUCAGACAGAAGUUCGAUGCCGACAAUGUUUAUGUCGACAUUUUAGAAUCGGUACUGAGGGGAUUUGCAAAUCUGAAGUAAAAGUAAAUUUAUUAUGGAUUUUUCAAAACUGUUUUUGUUACUAUUAUAAAUUAUAUUUUGAUGACCACUGGCAAAUGGCAAAUGGCAAACCAACAAUUUGAAACUAUGUUGUGACAAUAAACU